GAAAAAGAAAGGAGAAUGGAUAAAAAGUGAAAUUGAGAAAUUUUGGGUGAAAAGCUAAUAGAGCGAGGAAAUGAAAGAAAUGACAGGUGAUUGAGAGCAACACCCUCCGUGAAACAGAUUUAGAUUUCACGGAAUGAUGGAUGACUGAAGGCUCCGGUGAAAAGGGAAUGACAGAGGCAGGGGUAGAAAUGGAAAGAGAAAAGCAGACAAAAGAAAAAAAAAAACAUUUGCAGCCUGCCCUGCCCCCUCAUCGAUCCCUGGGGAGAAAGGGAUUAUGGAAAUGUAUAAAUGCAAGAGAGAGAGAGGGAGACUGACAGACAGCGAGGAGGAAGAGGAGGAGGAGAGAGGGAGAGCAAAUAAGAGAGGGAGGGAGACAGCGCGAUGCUAUUGGUUGACCGUUAGAACAUCAAGCGUGAUAGAAAUAUUUCUCUUGCAGUCCAAGAAACAGAGGAAGGCAGAGACAGUAGACUCAGGAAACACAAUCAGGUCUGUUUUCAAAACCUCUGGAAGAGAUAAAAAAGACUUUAGAAAGAAGGAAGGGCAAAUAGGGAGGAGGUAGACAACAGAAAGGUGGACUAAUUAACUUAUGACUUCUUGGAGAUCUCUAAAUCAGAAUAAAUGCGGCUCAACAUGUAGAUGUUCUGCACGUCUCCCCCUUUUUUUCCUCUUUCAUAAUUAACCCUGCAGAGACAAAUCUCAGUGUUUUUGUAGAAAUCUGGGGGAUGCGUUUGAGAGAAAGAUGCAGAGCAGGGAAUUGUGACAUGGUGCCGACCCAAAUUGACAGAGACGAGGACAGAGUGGACUGUUCAGUGGCAGACACGUCUCCAACCAGACACAGGUAUUCUCUACUCGAUAUUAAGCUCGGGCGAGAUGUCGAUCCAUGCUAACUCAAACUGUCAUCAGUGUUUUGCUCUGAUCUUGUAUUUGUAAGUCCUCGUGGAUGUGUGGUGUUGGUGUUGUGAUGCUAAACAGUUGUUUCAUUUGAAACCUGCCUAAGUGAUUUAUACUUAUCAUUUUAUACUUUAAUUAGCAUUUGCUUUGACAGAAAUUAACUGUCUAACGUGCAAAGCAAUACGUCGUAUCAGAACAAUGUGAUGAUUUCUCUAAAAUAAUUCAGUAAUAAAGUAAGUAACAUACCAAGACACUGUCUGUAAAUUAUGACUCACAGAUAAUCUGCAAACUGGCUGUUUACAAAUGUGUUAAAUGUGGUUUUAAAUAUGCGUCACUAAUGGUGUUUUUGAUUUAGAGCAACAGAUGAGCUGAAAGCCAUAAGACAAACUACUGAACUAUCACAAGCCAUAACCAUCUUAGAUGAUAAUCCUCCUCGCUGUCGUUUAAACGCCGUGCUGUGCUCAGUAUCGACAAGAAUCCUGUGCUUCUGUUGUCGGCGUGUCACUCAGACACUUUGUGGCUUACUGUGAGGAAGAAAGAGAGAGAGAGAGAGAGAGAGAGAGAGAGAGAGAGAGAGAGAGAGAGAGAGAGAGGAAAAAAAAUGUGUAGGCUUUGUCUAAAGAGAAACUACAUGGAGGAGGAGGAGGAGGAGACAGACAUCUUGCCUGUCAGAGACUGAGCAUCAGGCCAACGACACACAACUGUGGCUGUGAACAGACAUUAAAGUGCUUCCUCAAUCAAAGCGAGACAGGUCCUGCUGUCAGGUAUUCAAAACGAGACAAAGAGUGGAAGCAGUGAAGCCAUGCUGAUUAUUGAUUGUUACUAAAACUGAGUGCUCUACCUUCCUGGAGGACGCCCGCCUCAGAGGGGAGGGGGGGGACAGACAAUAACCUCCACUAAAAGAAGGAGGGAGAGCAAUAGCCAGAGAGAGGCAGAGAGCAAAGGGAGAACUUCCCUUUCUCUGUGUCGACCCAUCUCGUCGUCAGGCUGGCUGGCUCAGCCAUGGCGUUCACCUUUGCGGCCUUCUGCUACAUGCUCACCCUGGUGCUGUGCGCCGCUCUCAUCUUCUUUGUCAUAUGGCAGAUCAUUGCGUUUGAUGAGCUUCGCACAGACUUCAAAAACCCCAUUGAUCAGAGCAAUCCCACCAGAGCGAGAGAGAGGAUCCUCAACAUUGAAAGAAUCUGCAACCUGCUCCGCAGAUUGGUGGUACCAGAGUACUCCAUCCACGGGCUCUUCUGUCUGAUGUUCAUGUGUGCUGGAGAGUGGGUCACACUUGGCCUAAAUAUCCCGCUGCUCUUCUACCAUCUGUGGAGGUUUUUUCAUCGGCCAGCUGAUGGGUCAGAGGUCAUGUAUGAUCCUGUCAGCGUGAUGAACGCUGACAUUCUUAAUUACUGCCAGAAGGAGUCCUGGUGUAAGCUGGGUUUUUAUCUGCUCUCUUUCUUCUAUUAUCUCUACAGUAUGGUCUACGCCUUGGUGAGCUUCUAACAGACAGGACAAACCUGGAGAAAUAAAGGGAAGUAUCUGUAAGAAAGACACAGAGGAACAUACAGAGACAUUGACUCUUCCACUCCCCAUGUACCCUUCACAUCACUGGCUUGGAUAUUCAACAGUCUAACCUUGGACAAAACAAGAAGACCAAUCUGAGUGAUAAUGUGAAUGUAAAGGCCUCCACUCGAUUUUAUCACUUUCUGCUGUCGGACGACUGGACAAGGUUUUGACAUGAAACACAAAGAAGACGCAGCAGGUGUGUUGCCUUUGACCCAUUAUACGAAUUAACAAUAUAUGUCUGAAGGGCUGGAGUUUUCCCGUGCUGCUCUUACUAAUCCAGUCGCUCAACUCACUGUGAAUCUCCAAACACUUAUGGGCUGGAAAACAGAAAAACAUGUCUGUAUUCUUUGACUUUGAAAAUAUACUAGAAGGAGGAUUGUUUUGGUAUCAUUCCAUGUAUUUAAGAUAAUAGACACCUCUAAUAUGAAACCAGUGCUUUGAUUGUUUAACAGGUACAUUAAACUGUAGGAAGCAGGUUAAUCUGUACAGGUUUAGACAGGCAGAGACAGCCUGUCAGGGGAAUAACAGAUUGGUAUGUGCAUUUUUAACCAGGAUGGAGAUAAAAGCAUAGACCAAUACAACAUCUGUUUGACGCCAGCCUCUGCCAAACACCAGAAUUCAAAAAACAAGGAAUUAAUCAUAAGUUGACUGCUUUGAGUGCUUGUAAUGUGCAUUCAGAAUAAGUAUGUCCAUAGCUGUAAGGACGUAUUUUAUGCUACAUGCUAGGUUCAUGCUUUCCAAAGAGCUUCAUGCUCAGACAUUUAAUGCCAAAAGUUAAUAUCUGAAAAACCAUUGUGCCAAAAAAAUCAAUUAAAGGUUUGGUGUGUAGGAUUUAGGGGGACAUAUUUGCAGAAAU